AUGCCUCCUCCUGGGAUCCCACCACCAUUUCCACCCAUGGGAUUGCCCCCAAUGGGACCACGGCCACCUCCUAUGCCGCCUAUGCCUCCUAGCAUGAUGCCACCUCCCUCUCUGAUUCCACCUAUGCCUGGACCACCACCUCUGGGUCAGAUGCCCACAAUGGUACCACCGAUGCUGCCUGGGAUGAUCAUGCCGGGGGUGCCAGCUGGGCCUGUUCCUGUUUCUGGAGGAGCAGCUCCUGUUACUGACCCAUCCAACACUACAGUGACCCAAGCAGCACCUAUGAUCCCCAACCCCCUGGCAGGUGCUGUGCAACAAAAUAUAAUUCUUGGUGGCUCUCCAGUGUUGGAUACAGGCCGAAAGAAGCCAGCAUGGAGUGAACAUAAAGCCCCGGAUGGGCGGAUCUAUUAUUAUAAUGCUGAAACCAAACAAUCAAGUUGGGAAAAGCCAGAUGAACUCAAGUCUAAGGCAGAGCUCUUGCUGUCACGCUGUCCUUGGCGUGAGUAUCGCUCAGAAACUGGGAAAUCCUAUUACUACAACACUCAGAGCAAGGAGUCACGCUGGACCAGGCCACGAGAGUUGGAUGACAUUGAGGCAUUGAUCAAGGAGGAAGAGGAGGAAGCAGAGAGGCAACAGCUACCUCAGCAACUGGAGCCACCGUUGUCGGGCCCUGCCAGUCCCAGCCCGUCUUCUGCAGCCACCUCAGACACAGAAGGCACUGGGGGUGUUGAAGGGGCCCAAGGGACUGAGGGAGUCCCAGCUGCUGUUGAGGAGGUCACAAGCAGUUGUGAUCCCCUCCGGAGAGAUGAAGAAGAUCGUGGCAGUGCCAGUGCCUGGAGCAACAAAGAGGAAGCUAAACAAGCUUUUAAGGAGCUGCUCAAAGACAAGGGUGUGCCGGCUAGUGCAUCCUGGGAACAGGCCAUGAAGCUUGUUAGCUGUGACCCCCGUUUCAGUGCUUUGCGCAAGCUGAGUGAGAAGAAGCAGACAUUCAAUGGCUACAAGGCUCAACGGGACAAGGAAGAAAAGGAAGAGGCUCGACUCCGGGCAAAGGAGGCAAAGGAAGAACUGCAACACUUCUUGGAAGAACACAGCAAAAUGAAUUCCACCACCCGCUACAGGAAAGCUGAGCAAAUGUUUGGUGAGCUGGAAGUGUGGGCCGCGGUCCCUGAAAGGGAUCGCAAGGAGAUCUAUGAUGAUGUUCUUUUUUUUCUGGCCAAGAAAGAGAAGGAGCACACCAAGCAGCUCCGCAAAAGGAACAUUCAAGCUCUGAAGAGUAUCCUGGACAGCAUGAGCCGUGUCAGCUUCCAGACCACUUGGUCCGAGGCCCAGCAGUAUCUAAUGGACAAUCCCAGCUUUGCCGAAGACGAAGACUUGCAAAACAUGGACAAGGAGGAUGCUUUAAUCUGCUUUGAGGAACACAUCCGGACGUUGGAGAGGGAGGAGGAGGAGGAACGCGAACGGGGUCGAUUACGGGAGAGGCGCCAGCAGCGGAAAAACAGGGAAGCCUUCCAGGCCUUCUUGGACGAGCUUCACGAAUGCGGGCGCCUUCACUCCAUGUCCACUUGGAUGGAGCUGUAUCCCUCCCUCAGCACCGACCGACGCUUUGCCAACAUGUUGGGCCAGCCUGGCUCCACCCCGCUCGAUCUCUUUAAAUUCUAUGUUGAAGAUCUGAAGGCCCGAUUCCAUGACGAAAAAAAGAUCAUCAAGGACAUUCUCAAGGACCGGAGCUUCAGUGUGGAAGUAAAUACAACCUUUGAGGACUUUGCCCACGUCAUCAGUUUUGACAAGCGUGCUGCCACGCUGGAUGCUGGCAACAUAAAGUUAACUUUCAACAGUCUGCUGGAAAAGGCCGAGGCACGGGAGCGUGAACGGGAAAAGGAGGAAACCCGUAAGAUGCGGCGCAAGGAGGCAGCCUUCAAGAGCAUGUUGCGUCAGGCAGCUCCUCCCCUGGAACCCAACAUCGCCUGGGAUGAGAGUGAGUGCCAGCAUUUCCAUACCAAGGCCAAGAAGCACGCCAAGAAGCCAAAGAAACAUCAUCGCAAGCACUCUGCCUCGGGUUCAGAAUCGGGCUCAGAUCAUCCCCACCGAGCAGCCAAGCGCAAGAAACGAAACCACUCGGAAUCAGCGGGUUCAGGGGCUUCGUCCUCACCCGAUUCAGAGCACAGCCCCAGGCGUGCCAAGAGGCAGAAGAAGAAGAGCAAGAAGAAACGGCAUAAGUCGAACAGCCCUGAAAGCGAAGCUGAGCACAAGAAGGAGCCGAGCCGGGCAGAAGAGUGGGAGCGAGAGAAGGCCCCUCUGCGACCUGAGGGGAGGGGCCACUCCCCUCCCCGGGGUACUCGGAGGGAGCGGAGUGGUUGGGACACCUCAGAGAGCGAGGAGCUGAGCGAAGGGGAGCUGGAACGUCGGCGUCGGACUCUGCUGCAGCAACUGGGUGACCAGUAA